UGUUGUGACCAUUUUAGCUGGAUGAUGACUAUUGAAAGUGGUGGAUGGCGAAUGAGUUCGAUUAUUCGUCUUGGAAUAGCAGAAUAGAAGCAGUUUAUGGCGAACAGAGCUGCCACAUGUUACACCCAUGGCCCAAGAUGGUGGAGAUUUGGUAGUACGGCAGCCCACGUCUGUACACGGCUCGCCGACAGGAUCAAUCCCUAUCCUGCUACCACAAGGCUGGCGUAAUCGCAAUCUUCUGACGCUCAGGUCAGCUACUGGAGACGAGGCGCGACCUAAUGAAUACGUGGACACCAACAACGAUAGACUAAAUGGUAGGAAUAAUAACGAAUCGCCAAACUCAAGAUCUGCUGAGAACUCUGGAGAUGAAGGGCAUCCAAGAAGUGAUCUCAUUGUGAUCAGGGACCCCAAAGGUAAAGCGAAAGUACUCAGAGUUGUGAAAUCAAAACCUGACGAGAAACUUAAAGGUAAAAGCGAACAGUCAUCACCGAUAACACCGACACAUCGUGGUGAAUUUCAUGGGAAAGGAGAAGAAAAACUGAGUAAGGAUCCAUUUCCUUGCCCUCAGUGUGGUUAUUGUAGGUGUGAGAAGUGCAGAAAUAGCAAUAGACUACCAAGUACGUGGUGUUGCAACGGAAGGUGCGAAUGCUCUCCGGAGUGUGUUCUAAACUGCUGUACAUGCAUGACAUGCGUAAAAAGCUUAUUUUAUCAUUGUGCAAGAGAAUCAGACAGAGAGUACGCCUAUUGUACUGAUGACCCUUGCUCCUGUCGGCCUCACUUACGAUGUACUAGAUGGACUUGCUUGAGUCUCUUGUCCUUAUGCUUGCCUUGUUUAUGUUGUUACCUUCCUGGGCGAGGAGCACUCGAAGCCUACAGACAAUGCCAUUCUCAGGGAAGACAAGGAUGUCAGUGCAGCAGAUGGGAGAACGGUGAAGCAUAUGACGCGUUAUGAGAGUAAGCAACACCCCAAAUCUUUAUAUGUUAGCUGCAUGUUUGUAUUCAACAAGAUGACAGUCAAAUAUGAGAACGGUGCAUCCUGCAGAAGGCUCGUGCAUUCAACAUUAUGGAUGAUUCUUACAUCGUAUCUUGUGGAUGUUAUACUGGCAUCGUGGUCUUCAUGGACCUCUACAAUUACACACCUGCACAAUCCAGGAGAGCUGCAAAAUCAACCCUGGAACUGUUGGAGAGGAAUUCUGCAGAGAGCAGUUCAGGACGAUGAAAUGUUUACCAUGAUCUCUCGUCACAUCUCUGAGAUGUGGCUUGAUAGGGUCAUUAUCGACCACCGAACAGUUCCAGUAAGGUAAGGGUUGCAGGAGAGGCGAGGCUUCAAGAAUGGGGUACUAGUAGACAACAACAGUGCCUCUUGGCCUGGCUUCAUGAAGCUUGCAGGAAGACGUCUCCAAGUCGCCAGAAGACACUGCAAGAGUCCCUUCAUGAUGGUAUUGUUUUGUAUUUGUGCAGUCCCUACCAAAUAAGGUGGUCUGACUCACGGUCCUGGUAGACAGUGUGUUGUCCAACAACUAGUGAGGAUGAGGGAUGUACAUGUAUUUCGAAAUAGGUGCAAUUAAGACAUAAAUGAGCCACUACAAAUAUACAUCAAAAAUUUGUUAUUCAUGUAGUGUGCUAAAUGUUUAAAUUUAUUAUAGAGCUUCAAAUACUAAAAUAAUUUAAUGAAAGAGGAAAACGAGUUUGUACAUUUUUUGUUUCUAUUGAUUUACAAGAACAUUGAUUGGUUCUAUGAUGCUAUGGACUAUGGAACAAUGUAUGGAAGAAAAUAUAUUCUUUCUGAAAGAGUUAGAUUCAGAAUAAUGUGCCUAUACUUUGUCACAUCUCUAUUUAACCUAAAUCGAUGUACAUUUGCAUAAUGUAUUGUGUAAUGUGUAUAUCAGAAGUCACCCAGAAAACAGGUAUUAUUUUGUUCAGUGGAUGACAUUACAUUGCAUGAUGUGCACAACAUCAUUAGUAGAAGUGAAUAUAGUGUCACGUUUAUUGUAAGGCAUUCUGAUAUUCAAAAGUGAUGAGUAUUAUCCCUUAACAAAUUAUUUUCUAAAGGACCCCCAAAGAGACAACGCAUGCACAGUGUAAGGUAACGUUAUGCAAGUUCGUUCUGCUAUAAUGUGUGCAAUUUGACACGAGAUAGCAUAUCAGCCGUGAUGGCCUAUUAAUAUUUAUAGACCUUGUAUGAACUAGCUUGGGGCCAGAGUUAGACAAAUGGGUAGAACAGAUAACGGUGAAGUUCUAUCACAGCCGAUGUACUCUUUUUUUUUUUUACGCAUAUACGGCGUACGUUCGAUAUCUCUAAUCGCACUUCUCUCGCGCGAUCAGUAUUCAGCUGAUGCAAUACGCUCUAUCGGUUGAGAAUGGUGAAGGAAAGAUGGCGGGGUUUUGAGAUCGCUACCAUCUUCUCCUUGUGUGUUGUGUACAUAAAACUGGUAACGCUUUUGGAGAAAAGAUAUUUUGUCUAUUGGACUAGUUUGAGACUCCAUAUUGUUCGAGGGGUCGUGGAGUGUUUAGUAAGGGACCAGAGUAAACAGGAACCUUCCACUAAGCAUAAACCAGAUGUAUGGGGGCUGGGUUGCCCAUAACCUUAUCUAUGUGUUGGGUUUAUCAAGAUUAAAUCCCGAAGCAUGGAUAAUCAUGGACCUAUUACGAAAUAGGUCCAUGGGAUAAUACAGGGCAGGUCCAAGCUAGUGACUUAUUGGACAUUUAAAAACUUUAAAGUUGUAACAUAUUGAAUUCCCCAGCCGUCACACCAUAAAAAUGGUAGUAAAAGGUUUUGAAUGUCCAUGUACUUGCCAGACUGUAAAGCACAAACCACCACUCAUUAGCGGCGGGAUUGGAUCAAAUAGCCACAUGUCGGUCCACGGUUAAAGCAGGGAAUUCCCGGUUGAAGAUUAUUCCGCUUUGAUUUUCAUGAAUUUUGUUUUUGUCUAACCAUCGACGGGAGUAUAUAAUUUAUCUGGGGCCCCCACACACUUGAUACGUUAUGGCGGUAUAUCAUUUCCAAACGCGAUACCCUAGUGGAUUUGAAAAGACGCCGUCUUGGCAGGGGUGCUUACGUAACAGGCUCCAGCACUACCCGAUGGCCUAUGCCCUAUGUCAAAAUAAAUGAGGGGAAAUCCAUUUGAAUAUUUCAUUCUAGCUUUUUCUCAUCUCUCUGGAGGAAAAAGCGAUGACAAACCAAUCACAAUUCAUUGGGCUUCUCAUUGUAUGUUCAAAAGUGUUCCAUUCUAUCCAUGCCCCACUGUCCCUCAACUCAUCGACCCAACCUCAUUU